AUCCUUCACCUUAGAUUUCCUGGUUGACUUGAUUUAUAUCUUGAGAUUUCAGUACUUCCUUCACCUGUGAUUAUAUCAAUUCAACCUGAGCAUUAUGACAGGAGGCAGACAGAGGUCUCACUCAUACUACAACCCUGAGGACAGCAAGACCUAUGGUUCACAGACACAGACUAAGGACAUCUGUCAAAGACCUCGUUCAAGAUCUUUUUACAGUUAUGAAACAUCAGAACAUGACUCUGACCAUGAUCUGGACCAUCUAUCAGCGUCCAGUCUACUGAGGCAGAAAGCGACCAAUCCCCAGCAUCUCGUAAACAAAAAUGAAAAGGCCAAAUCAAAACCAAACAAGCAUUCACUUUCAAGAGAACUUAAUGGGAGCAGAGGCAGUCUCAAGUGUGUGUCCAUGAUAACUAUCUCUGAGUCGGACAACUGGGAGAUCUGCUCUAGCUCUGGCAUGAAGUAUGGUCAGUUUGUGGACUGGGAGAAAAUUGAUCCUGAAGCAGCAGAACGCUACCAACAGAUAGUUUCGAGUGAGCACCGGCAGUUGAAAGCCAUGGGACGAGAAGGAUUCUGGGCUACGCCUCAUACACUCAGGGCAAAGGCUUACUACCACAUCAUCCAUGGCAUGCAUUCCAGGUGUGUCAGUCCGGAGAGAGGAGUCUAUUAUGAACUAAGCAGGAAGCUCUUUGGAGAACAAAAGCUGAUCAACCACCCAGUACCAGAGUAUAUGGAGGCGGGAGAGAUCCCAAGGUACUGCCUUAAUAAGGCUGGUCUGAAUUCCGUUAAAAAGAUUCUUCUUUGUCUGGGAAGAUACUUCCCAGACAUGAACUUUUGCCCCAUCCUUCCUGCAUUGGCAUCGCUCAUCUUGCACUUCAGCCAGGACGAAGCGGAGUGCUUCUACAGUGUUGCCAGACUAAUUUGCUAUAACGACCCGAAUAAGCGAUACAUUGACCAGACCUUCCUUACAUACCGAGCGUCGUGCAUGACCUUCGGAGACCUUGCCAACAGAUGUUGCCGAGGCAUCCGGAAGUUGAUAGCCAGCUCACACCAGAACCUGUUCGAGUUUUACUCAGAUUGGAUCAUGUGGAUCUUUGCUGAUCUUCCAUUCACAUAUGCCAUUCGAGUGCUGGAUGUCUAUCUACUGGAGGGCUACAAGGUCCUUUACAGAGUGGCAUUGGCUUUGCUGAGCCUCUACAAAGUCUCCGUUUCGUCCAGAGUUGCAGACGUGGAGGAUUUCCGAACUGACAUGAAAAGGUUUGUGCAGAAUGUGGCUCGCCACUGCACGGCUGAGAAUCUCCUGGAAAAAGCAUUCCUGGUUCCCAUUGCCACGAGGAGAGAACUCAAUCUCUUAUUCAAGGCCAACAAAGUCUCUCUUAUGCAAAAAGGCGUCAGCAUCCACCAGAAGAGGCAAUCAGUGGAUACAGUGGACUUCAACAACCUAGGCUCUAGUGUUGUGACAGCAACAGAGAUGAGAGUCGUCUGGGCCUGGAUACCAGAACGUUUUGCUCUUUUCAGUCCAAUUAAGUUGUUCAGUUCAGUAGAACAUGGAGGAAGUCUUGCUUCGUUCUAUUAUCAUGUAGAGGGCCAUGAGCCCGCAGUGUUGCUCAUCAAAACAGAGGAUGAAGAGGUCUUCGGUGUCUUCAUUUCAUCAGAUAUGACAGAAAGGCACAAGUAUGACACUGAUAAAGCUACAUUUUUUGGAACAUGCGAAUGCUUUGUUUUCACGCUUCGUCCCAGCAUGGAGCGCUACCAGCGAGCCAUGGUCAACAUCAUGACCAGGAAAGUCUUCCCUCAGCAGGCUCAAUUUAACUCCCAGAACACAUUCAACACAACUCUGACAUGUCCAGCUGGGACACCCCAAGACCCGAGCUACUUGACCAUUCCUUUCACUGCACCCUCACAAGACCCAUUUACUACAAAUGAGCCAAAGAGAUCCAAGGAACAAGAGGCUUCCAAGUUCAUAGCUGGCAGUGAUGAACAGCUCAUUAUUGGUGGGAAUGGAGGCUAUGCACUCUGCUUUGAGCAGACCCUUGAGGCAGGCUACACAGAGUCUUGUGCCACAUUCAAAAGCCCGCCACUCUGCAAAGAACAUUUCAAGAUCCAGUCUCUAGAGGUCUGGGGAAUCCAGAACUCAAUUUGCUUUUCUCACUGUUUUUCCUCAAAAUAAUUAGUUCCAUAGUAUCAUUCCUUUUUCUGUUUUACUGUUUUUAUAUAGGGCACUAGAGUUGAUUUUGUGCUAUCUUUAUAAUAUCAAAACAUAAGCCCCGAGGAAUGUACAAACCCACACAAACAGGCUGAAGUGGGGCGGGCAGCUUGUCAAUUACUGUAUGUGGAUAAACAAUGGAACGUGCACUUUCAAUGUGUCGUACGUGUGUGUGUGUGUG